UCUUGGCUCACGGUCUCGCUUUUGGAUUUCGAAUUUUAGCCAUUGUACGGACAAUCGGAGAGAGAAGAGAAAUGGAUGGGCAUGAUGCAGAAGAUCCGAAGCAAAAUACUGCAGAUAUGACCGCUUUUGUGCAAAAUCUUCUUCAACAGAUGCAAUCAAGGUUUCAACAAAUGUCCGAGUCAAUUGUUACGAAGAUUGAUGAUAUGGGAAGCCGGAUAAAUGAGUUGGAGCAAAGCAUCAAUGACCUAAGAGCUGAGAUGGGAGUGGAGGGCUCUCCAUCUGAUCCUGUGACCCCAUCCAAGCCAAAGCCAGAUGAAGUGAAUAAAGAGGAAGGUUCUGGGUAGAGUUAAAAAAGUGCAUGUUUUACAUUUGAGUGACGAGUUAAUGCCACUUUCUUUGUCGGCAAUUAGUUUUGAGAAAUGAAGAAACUGCAGUUAUAUGGAAUGAGUACUCCAUGUUUGCUAUUGUAAUUAUUGUGUUGUUUUCCUUCCCUUGUUCCAGUGCUGGCAUUGGCUGUUUUUUACCCCUUUGAAUUUGAUUGUGUAAUACUACGAGGAAAGUCAUUGAUAUUAGAAUCUAUUUUUGUGGACUAUGCAA